AGUUUUCCAUCCGUCCAUAGGGAGGCGCUGUGAGGCAGCAAACCGGAUACAAAGCACCGACGAAGAAGAAGAAGAAGAAGAAGAAGCAGCGGAAGCGGAAAUGAGUUCUCUUGUUUUGAAAGAGGGAGAUUUAACGGUUUGAAGAGAAUCAGAGGAUUCAGAGGAUUCAGAGGAUUCAGAGGAUUCAGAGGAUUCAGAGGAUUCAGAGAAUCAGAGAAUCAGAGGAUCAGAGAUUCAGAGAUUCAGAGGAUUCAGAGGAUUCAGAGGAUUCAGAGAAUCAGAGAAUCAGAGGAUCAGAGAUUCAGAGAUUCAGAGAAUCAGAGAAUCAGAGGAUCAGAGGAUCAGAGGAUCAGAGAAUCAGAGGAUCAGAGGAUCAGACAAACACCCAAACUACCUGAAUCAACCCUCAGAACGAGGCAGCAUGACCUCAACCUGAUGUUCUACCGCUCUGAAUGGAAAGCAGGGUCGCUUCACACCAACAUGAAGAAGAAGAAGGCGAGGGUGUCGCAGGUCGCCGACGUCGGCAGCAACCCGGAGGAGUGCUGUGCUCUCUGCAGGCGCAGUGACGAUGACCCGGCCAUGUUUGGGGAAAAAGUCACACUCAAAGAGCACAAACUCUCUGUGCACUACUUCUGUCUGCUGACGUCUUGUGGCGUUUACCAGCGAGGAGAGGAGGGCGAGGGCGUCUUCGGUUUCCUGGUGGACGACAUCAAACAGGAGAUCCGCCGCUCGGCUCGACUGAUGUGUAGCUGCUGUAAGAAGAAGGGAGCGUGUGUCGGCUGUAACGUCAGAAGCUGCAGGAGGAUGGUCCACUUCCCUUGCGGCAGGAAAUACAAGUUCCUCUCUCAGUUUUCGGGCCUCUUCCCGUCCUACUGUCUGGACCACAGUCCCACUCAGUCUCUGUGUGUGGGUUUAGACCUCAGUCUGCCUCAGUCCUGCUCCGUCUGUUUGGACUCCAUCGAUCCCGUCCUGAGCUACUCCGUCCUCAAAUGUCCGUCCUGCCACGCCAGCUGGUUCCACAGAGACUGUGUGCAGCGUCAGGCCCACAGCGCCGGCCUCUUCUUCUUCAGAUGUACUCUGUGUAACAACAAGGAGAGCUUCCAGGAGGAGAUGCUGAAGAUGGGGAUCUACAUCCCAGAGAGAGAUGCCUCGUGGGAGUUGGAGGCAAACGCGUAUUCGGAGCUGCUGGAGGUUUACACGCGCUGCGACGCCCUCGCCUGCCUCUGCAACGACGGAAGGACGCACGCCGCCAAGAGCGGCUGGUUUGAGGUGAUUCGCUGCCGGCUGUGUGGCUCCAGAGGGACUCACAGGAAGUGUUCGGGGCUGAAGUUGGACACCAGAGACUGGGCGUGCAGCGACUGCACGCAGGCUACUGACGGGAGAGCCUCCCUGGUUGCGUCUCCUCAAGGAGGUCAGAGGAGGAGUCUGCUGUCCAAACGCCACCUGUCCCCCAUCCACUCCUCCAUCAGCUGUAAGAGACCGUCGCUCCCUGUUGGAUCUGGAUCACCUGAGGGGAUCCUGCAGGCGUUGGGCCCUAAGCUCCGCCCGCUCAGCGUGCAGGUGGAGGUGGACGGGGAUCAGGCUCUGUCUGCAGGGGUGGAGCUAGUGAGGAGGGCCGACUUCGACCCCACACACACUGUGUCCGUCAGGUUCAGAGACGACCAGCAGACUGCAUUUCCCAGCAGCCUCCAGGACAGCGACACAGCCAGGCAGUACUUCCUGAAGCUGCUGGUGCAGCAGAUCCAGGACUCUGUGGUGUUUGAGGGUCCCGACGGAUCCAAAAACCUGGCGCUGGACUGCCGGGCUCUGCGGGAGGACCUGUACUUUGACGUCGGCUGCCUGCUGGCGCUCUCUCUGGUUCACGGCGGUCCUCCUGUCAGCUUCUUCUCUCGCGCUCUCUACCAAUGUCUGUUCAACUACCCGCCCAACCGGCCGCUCGCCGUCACACACAUGACCCCCGACACACACUUCACCCGCCGGGUCAGCAGGAUCGCAGAGGCGGAGUCUUUAGACGACCUGAAAGAAGUCAUGGCGGCGAGUUGGGAGUACCUGGAGUUAGCCGGCUGUAACCGACCAAUCGGCAGCCUGGAGGAGAGAGAGGCUCUGGUGGAGGAUCUGGUCAGCUUCACUAUGAUCAGCAGGAUGCAGCUGCCACUGCAGAGGUUUCGGGAGGGUCUGCAGACUUUGGGUGUCUUUGAUCAGGUGCAGCUCUUCCCGUCGGUGUUCUGCAGCGUUUUCUGCGAGGCGGCGGAGCGGCCGACGGCUCAGACGGUCGGCCAGAUGUUCGCCGUCGGCUUCUCGCAGCAGGAGGAGAGGCUGAGCAGGGAGACGCCCGUCGCCUCCUUCUGGAGACGCUUCCUGUCGGAGUGUGAAGAUGGGAGGAGCUCUAUCUCCCUGCAGGACCUCCUUCGUUUCUCCACAGGAGCUGAGGAGCUCCCAGCAGCCGGCCUCCUCCCGUCUCCCUCCAUCUCCUUCCUCCACCCCGUGACGGAGGAAGAGGAAGAGGAGGAGGAAGCGGAGGAGAGAGGGAGAGAGCGAACGAGGAGGGAGGUGUUGAGGGACGAGUGUCUCUUCCCUCAGAGCGAGCCCGGCUCCAGACGCCUCCUCCUGCCCGUCUCCUCCUCAUACCAGGCCUUCAAGAGCUCCAUGGAGCAGGCCAUCAGCCACCAUGUGCACCUCCUCCCCUCACAGAGCUAGAGGAGGAGGAGGAGGAGGAGGAGGUGUUCAUCAGUCCAUCAUCUACAGUUUAAAGUGAUUCUUUCUCUCUGAUGAAGCUGAUCAGUGAAAUGUUUUCCAAAGCAGCGACAUAAAACUCAACUGCAGGAAACUUAAAUUUGCCUUUUUGAAAUCUUCUUUUCCUCUUAAACAUCCAGCUGUGAUGUGAUGUAAUGAAAUUAUUUCACAUCCUCUAUGUUCUCUACUUUAAAACACGAUGUAAGAGCUGCUUUAAGGCCGUCACAUUUUUGUUGUAUAUAGUUUGAUUUUUUUUAACUUUUAAUGUUCUUGAGGAGGUUUGUCUCCUGAUUGGCCCAAAUGCAUCAUGUGAUCGAUUUCCCGUCUUAUGAAAUGUGUUCAAAAAUGUUUUGUCAAAGCAAUGUUAAAUUCAUAAAAAAAAUCUAAUGUUAAAAUCACAGGAACCAACCCCAGAAUCUAUACAAAAAAACUACCUUCAUUUUCAACAACUUUUUAACUGAUUAUCAGCUCAGCUUUCAGGAUCAUGCCACCUUAAAAUUAUCCAUUUCUGUAAAAUUAAAUAAAGCACCGUUUAAGAUAUUACGGCGGAGUAUCAGGGCCACAUUGAUGGAAAAAUAUGAAUCUGAGAUUUCAAGAAUAAAGUCAUAAUAUUACGAGAAUAAAGUCAUAAGUUUAAGAUUGACUAUUGGCUGAUUGGCCCAAAUGCAUCAUGUGAUCGAUUUCCCGUCUUAUGAAAUGUGUUCAAAAAUGUUUUGUCAAUGCAAAGUUAAGUUAACCUCAUAAUUUGUACCAAAAACUACCUUCAUUUUCAACAGUCUUUUUAACUGAUUAUCAGCUCAGCUUUCGGGGUCACGCUACCUCAAAAUCAUCCAGAGUAUUUUCAUCGUAGUAAAAUUAAAUCAGACAUCUUUUAAGAUGUAAGUGAACGCAUGGACGGCGUUUUAUUUGUUCUUUUUUUUUUACAAUUGCUCCCCUUAAAAAAAAAAAAAGAAAACUGUAGAAAAUCCAUCAGAAAUAGGUAAUAUAUUACGAUCCGUUAAUUAUAACCUUAAAAGAAUGAUGUCAUUAUUAAUGAGUAGAUUAAUGGAGAUUUUGAAGUAAAGGUGAGGCGAGGCAGGAUCAGUUCUAAUUUGAUUACUUUAAUAUCACAGUUAUUAUACUUUCUAUCUCUUCAGAUUAUCAGUUGGUGGAUUUCUGUCAUUUAUUUUUCUGUCCUUUUCUUUAACUUUCUUUAUUUAUCUGCUUGUUGCAUGUUUUCUUUGUUCUUGUGGAUCAUAAAUGCAGAAAGAAACUGUCUUGUUGUCCUGA